GUAGGGUCGAGUGUUUGAGUUUUAAGGACCAGAAGUGCAAUACAUUUAAUCGAGCGGUGAACUUUUAAUGUUUUUCCUGAAAAAAAUUAUAAGGUUAAAGUUAAAAUGACCGAAGAAAGGAAAAGUAGUACUUCAAACACUCCAAAAUUUGAAAUAUUAAAAAAACCGAUUAGUGAGGAUGAUGAAAUAAAAGCAUUUUGUAAAAGAUUACCGAAAAUAGAAUUAAAUGCUAAUCUAACUGGUUGUCUUAGCGUGUCAACAGUUGUUAGAUUAUACGAUCGUCACCCUUGCGAAGAAAAACUGAACAAAUAUUUAGAUUAUUUUCAUUCGCCUAAAAGCUUUGAACGAUAUAAAAAAUUAUAUGCCAUGAAUGACUGGCUGAUAGGAACCCCGGAAUGCAUUACAAUCGCAGUUUGCGACGUAAUCAGAGAAUUCCUGGAUGAUAAUAUUUGUUAUUUAGAAUUAAAAGUUACACCGCAAUUUAUUGGUACAACAUUGUCAAAGGAACAAUAUAUUAUGUCUGUGAUAAAUGCUGUUCGUUUAUCUGAAGCUAUGCUACCACGAAUAAUGGUUAAAAUAAUAUUUUCAAUAAAUCGUGCUGAUAAUUAUGCAGACUGUUUAGACACAUGCACAUUGGUAUUUAAAUAUUACAAACAGUAUCCUGAAUUAAUUGUUGGUAUUCAAUUAUAUGGUGAUCCCUUUUACAAUAAUUCUUAUCUUAAUCUUUUGAAAAUAUGUCGGGAAUAUGAUUUAAAAAUUAUCAUGAAUUGUGCUGAGAUUCCUAACCAUUCGGAAACGUGGGAAAUGAUUGAUUUUAAACCUGAGAGAUUAACUCAUUGUACUUGUGUUCAUGCUACUUUCAAUGGCGCUGAUUAUCUGUUCGAAAAAUUAUUAGAAUCUGAAAUACCGGUUGAAUUAUGUUUGACUUAUGAUGUUGAUGUCAAUAACGUAACCACAUACAGAGAACACAUAUUCAAAUAUUUAUACCAGAACAAGCAUCCAAUAAGUAUUUCUACUAGAGAUAAAGGAAUUUGCAAAACAACAUUGUCAGAAGAAUACGCAAUCGCGGCUAUUAACUUCAAUCUUUCAAAAAAAGAUCUCUUAGACUUGUCGAAAUCAACGAUAAAACAAAUAAGUAUCAACGAGAAAGAGAAAGAUAUUUUAUAUCACAUUUUUACAAAUUUCGAACAGGAUGAACAAUUUGAAACGAAAAUGUUUUGAUAUGAGAUAAGUAAUUUUAUGAUAUAUUAAAAAUAAAAGAAUAUUAUCGAAUAUUUCCAUUAUUCAUGUAGCUUCCAAAUGAAUUAGUAUGAUUAGAUUUUAAUUUAUAUUAGCUUUAAUUUAUAUAAAGUAUUGAACAAUUUAAAUAAUAUUUUUCAUCUUCAUGGCAAAUGGGAUAAUUUAAUUCACAAAAUGAAAUAGUCUUGUGACAAAUUAUUCCUUUACAUAAAGAGAAAAAGAGAGAGAGACAAAGAGAAAAAAAAAAGUAUUUAUAUUGAACAUACUAAAUACAUGUUUUCUGAAAAUUGUGUUCUAUGAUAAAUAUGGCUGUUAUAUAUUAAUAAGUAUAGUACUUAUAUAUCAAUUUAAAAAUUUUUAACUAUAAUUACUCAAAUCUUUCUAAAUUAUUAUAUAUAAUCUUAUUACGUUUGCUUCAUUAAUUUUCCAAUAAUUAAGCAAUAAUUUUGACUCAACGUCUAUAGUAUUAGAAAUUAUUUCAGUCAAUUAGUGUUUUAUUUAUAUAACUCAUUAUUGGUAAGGUAUUUGUAAUUCCUAUGGUGCUUUAAUAGGUUAAGUUAUAUCAACAAUAAUACAUAAAAUAAUUAAUAUUUUAUUAAAAUAAUUUAUUAUUAGGCUCGAUACCAAAGAUAAUAGAUAAUGACUGUGAAAAAUAAUAUGACUCUAAUGAGUUUAUACCGUGGUGAUACGAUUUAAUGCAUUCAAAUUAUCUUUACGUAAAUUUAUAGCGCGUUAUAGCUGACAAUA